AUAUAGCCGGGGGUUUUAAAGAAAUAUCCACUGUUGAAAAACCUCUAUAAGGCCACUGACAAACUAUUGGUCCCAUUUUAGUUGUUCUUCUUUAAGACUUAUACUCAACAGAAUGUAUGGACUGGGUUAUGGUGGAAAAUAUGAUCAAAGUCAUCAUGAUCGUUAUGGUCCAGAAGAAUUCGGACGCCAUCAGCAGCAGGCUCAAGAAUUAAAGCAUUGUCAAAGAUCAGCCGAUGCAAGUGCCCAAAUGGUAUAUGAAGUUUUCGGCAACUGCAUAGCUAUUUUGGAAGAAUAUGAACAAAGAGAGCAGAAAACAAGUCGGCUAAGCAAAUCAAAUAUAGCAAUGGUUGACCAAUCUCAUAAAAGUGAAAAGGACGUAAAAAGAAUAGUGGAAGCUCAGUUAUUGAUGCUCGAGACUCAAAUAAAAAGUUGUCGUGAUGACGUUCGAGAUACUGUGAUACAACAGCUUAAGGAUUCAACAAUGGAAUGGUGUGGUGAAAGACACGACAGACAGCUUCCUACAGACACUAUUACAGAUAAAUUUGCUGGACAGAUAUACGAGAUUCUCUCGAGAGGACGAACAUCUCAUCCAAAGGAAUUUUACCAGAAACCCGGUGACGUACAAGGUGUAGGCAUAGACCAAAUGCAACAGGUAUUGGCUGCACAACACAAAAUUGGAGAACAUGACAGACAAUUCGAAGGAAGUUCAACAAAAAAAGCGAAAAAACCAAGUGUUAGAUCUGGAGACAGGAAAAAAGGUGCAGAGAGACUACGAACAGUACGAAAGGAUCUUGAGCCCGAAAUCAAUGAAGAGUAUUUUUAUGGCAAUAUUCAAUAAAAACAUCUGAAAUCAAAACAUUUUUAAAACGUGUUGAUACUUGAUAAUAUAGUAAAGAAGAUAAAAAUAAUCACAUGUUUUAAAAUAAAGUGCAAAUUGUUAUAUUCA